ACCAAACGGGACAAAGCUGAGAGCAUGCUGCGUAACGAUUCGCUAAGCUCUGACCAAUCGGAAUCUCUGCGUCCGCCACCACCGCGGCCCUACAAGUCAAAACGAGGGCAGGGGGCCGGAGGGAAGAGACAAACGAGCAUCAGUAGUUCAGAGGAGGAGGGCGGGACCACGCCUGAGUACAGCAGCUGUGAGGAUGCUGAGAUUGAAAGUGUCAGCGAGAGAGGCGACUGGGAAUGCUACCCACAUGACCCCACUGUGUGGCAUCAUCCUGUAACCUGGCAGCCAUCCAAGGAGGGAGACCAUCUGAUUGGACGGAUCACCCUCAGCAAGAGAACUGCUGCCAUGCCUAAAGAAGCUGGCGCUUUACUGGGGUUAAAGGUGGUGGGAGGCAGAGUAACAGAGUCAGGGAGAUUAGGUGCCUUCAUCACCAAGGUUAAGAAGGGAAGCCUAGCUGAUGUGGUGGGACAUCUGAGAGCAGGUGACGAGGUUUUGCAGUGGAACGGGAAGCUGUUACCGGGAGCGACUAUGAAGGAGGUUUACAACAUCAUCUUGGAGUCUCAAGCUGACCCUCAAGUGGAGUUGGUGGUAUCCAGGCCUAUUGGGGUGUAUAGAAAAUAUCAUGAUAUCCCAAGAAUCCCCGACACGUCCCACCCUCCAUUAGAAUCUACAGGUUCCAGUUCUUUUGAGUCCCAGAAGAUGGAGAGACCAUCCUUAAAUGUCCUGUCUCCCUCCAGUCCCGGGAUGCUCCAAGAUGCUCCGCAGUUAAUGCCAGGGCGACUCUCAUUGAAGCUGUGGUACGAUAAAGUGGGUCACCAGCUCAUAGUGAACGUGCUGCAGGCUGUGGAGCUUUCUCUUCGGCCUGAUGGGCGGCCCAGGAGCCCCUAUGUCAAAAUGUACUUCCUCCCUGACCGCAGCGACAAGAGCAAACGAAGGACAAAAACAGUGAAGAAGACCUGUGAGCCUAAGUGGAACCAGACAUUUGUCUACAGUCACGUCCAUCGCAGGGAUUUCCGAAACCACAUGCUGGAGCUGACCGUGUGGGACCAACCCAGGUCUCCAGAGGAGGACAGCAUCUUUCUGGGAGAGGUCCUGGUGGAGCUAGAGACGGCCUUACUGGAUGACAAGCCUCACUGGUAUCCCCUCCAAACUCAUGAUGUCUCAUCCAUACCACUGCCCCAGCCCUCCCCAUACCUGCCCCGACGACACAUAGACGCCCCUGGCAAGAAAUUGCAGCGUUCUCAGCGUGUAACAGAGGCUGAAUUUGAUGAGGGUACAGCAGUAGUAUCUAAAGCAGCAGAUGGACGUGGCAGGGAGAGGCAGCGGGAGCCCACAUCUACCCUGGAGGUGCCUGAGCAGCAGAGGACCCCCACCCAUCACAUACGUUCUCGUUCAGUCUCCCCUCAUCGAGAGGAGCAGGGGCGCAUCCGGUCGCGGCCACCCAAUGUCCCCCCCCAGAGGAGCCUGGAUGAUGAGCUUUCUCACGGUCGCCGUUCUCGUUCUCCGUCCCGCUACUACGACGCUGGUAGAGGUCGCCAUCAAGGGGAAGGGUAUCUGGACGACAGUGAGGUCUUCACGAUCCACCAAUCAAUGCGAGGCAAAAGUGCUGAGUGCCUGCACACCAGGAGACCUACUAGGCACAAUAACACACUGCCACCUAAGAUGCCACUUUUGUUCAGCGGUUUCCACAAACAGGCAAAUAGUGAUCUGCAGCCUUCUCUGGACAGGGUUAGGAGCGCUAGUGCCAACUGUCUGGCUCCAAACAAUCAUGCCCCCUCACCAGAGACUGAAAGAAAAUCUUUGUCCCAUUCCCUGCCCCGAAGACGUCCGGCAAGUCCAAGGAUUCUUAUUCAACAUGCUUCCCCUGAAGAUGACAGAAUAUGGAUGCUACUUCCGUCUCAAGAGAGUUUAAUUCACCUCAGUACAAAGAAGAGGAAGCCUCGGACCCUGGAAACACCUGAAAGUCACACUCUUGGCAGGAAGCUCUUUGACAGUGGCAGGGGACACCUCCAAAGUGGUGGGUCUCUUUCCUCCUCGGUGACGUCCUCGUCAACUCGCAGAGUGAGGCAACUCCCACAGCUUCCCCCCAAGAGCAGCACUGUAGAACAAGCCCUGGUAGCAGAGGAGCGUGUCCGUCAGCUCCAGAUGAGGGUUCAUUCCAAUCGGGUCUCAGCUCCAGCCACCUCCAGCCAACAGGACCUGGACCGAGCGCUCAAGAAUAAACGAGAGCUCUAUAAGGACCAGAGGAGGAGUAGUGAAAAUGUUUCCCAUAAGUCCUCAGACAGUGAUGUCAGCGACGUCUCAGCCAUCUCUCGAACCAGCAGUGCCUCUCGCAUCAGUAGCACCAGCUACAUGUCCAUCCAGUCAGAGAGACCCCGGGGACGCUUCAGCCGAGCCAUGCGCGCAUCGGGUCGCCACAUGAUGAAGAGCACCAGCAUCAGUGGCGAGAUCUACGGCAUGGAGCACGCUGACGGCAGCCAGUCAGACACGGCACUUGGGAGCCUGGGGAGCGGGAUCAAGAAGCGGCGCUCGAGCCUGAGCCAGCGUGUUGUCGCCAUCCUGCCGUCCAGAAGGAGUCGAAGUACCUCGCAGCUCAGCCAGACAGAGGCGGCGGGUAAGGCGGCGGACAGACAGAAAGAAGCGUCAGCAGGUAAGAAGGUGGGUAAGGCCGGCAGCAGCAGCAUCCAGAGGAGUGUGGAGACGGGUAUGGCGGUGGAGUAUCCACGAGGAGGGUCAGCCAUGAACCGACAGGCGAGCAGAGAGUCGACCGACGGCAGCAUGAACAGCUACAGCUCUGAGGGGAAUUUGAUCUUCUCAGGGAUGCGUUUGGGUGCUGACAGUCAGUUCAGCGACUUCUUGGAUGGAUUAGGCCCCGGUCAGCUAGUGGGCAGACAAACGCUGGCGACACCAGCUAUGGGUGAUGUUCAGAUUGGUUUGAUGGACAAGAAAGGCCAGCUGGAGGUGGAGGUGAUCAGGGCACGAGGCCUUACCCCCAAACCAGGCUCUAAAUCCCUCCCAGCUCCCUAUGUAAAAGUGUACCUGCUGGAUAAUGGAACAUGUAAAGCCAAAAAGAAAACUAAGAUUGCACGAAAGACCCUGGAGCCGCUCUACCAGCAGCACCUGCUCUUCGAUGAGAGUCCCCAGGGCAAGGUGCUUCAGGUGAUAGUGUGGGGUGACUAUGGACGAUUGGACCACAAAUGUUUCAUGGGUGUAGCACAGAUACUGUUGGAGGAGCUGGACCUCUCUAGUACGGUGAUCGGCUGGUACAAACUUUUUCCACCAUCCUCCCUGGUGGACCCUACAUUAGCUCCGCUCACACGGCUGGCGUCUCAGACGUCACUGGACAGCUCAGGACCGCCGCCGGGCGUUCGGUCCUAGUGACCGGACGGUGACCGCCUACCCCUCAACACCCCUUAAGUGACAAAAUAGAAUAAUGGACCACAGCUACUGGACCACUACUGAGCAGAGGGGUGACAACACGCCCCGAGGAUGUCGACAAGAAGCCCUCGUUCAAACGAUGAAAAGCCAGACGGAGAGACAGGGAAUGCGAGCGAGAAAGAGAGGGAGAGAUAGAACUAGCCAAUCAAAGCUUAGCUGGAGUCUGACAAUCACGUCUCACACCUUCCCUCUCCCUCCUCCUUACACCUUUUUGUGUUCAAAGUUUUGCUUUCUUUGUUUUCUCCUCUGACCUGCAGCAGUGGAAGCUUCUGUCCAACAUUGUUUUCUUUUUUCCAUAUUUCCUUGUGCAUCCUCUAUCAGAGCACCCAAACAAAGUGGGGUUCUCUGCCUAGUAACCCUCCAGCCAAUCAGAGUAGAGCUUACAGCCAGGCCACAGGGGAAAAGUGUGGAAGUAGCAAAUAGUUGCGGCUUCACAGGUUCGGCUGUUGUCUCUUCAGGUUUUACCGUGGCGAUAGUGAUGAGCUCGAGGGGACAGACGUUUGGCCCCGUUUAACCGUGAUGGAAAGGGAGCCUGCACAUGCACUCGCACAUUCUUAGCCUUGACAAGAAAAGCUGGACUCGUUCAUUCGAAUCGAGGCCAAAUGCUUUCCAUGUGGAAAGAAAACAUAGACCAAAUUGCUGAUUAGAAUUUCACUUUUGAUUUUGGAUCUUUUGUUUUUUCCUGCCUUUGUUUUUGCCUACUGUUCAGAAUGGUGCCACAUGGUGCAGACUCCCUCUGUGUAUGUCUAUGUUUGGUUUUUGAGCGAUGGCAUGCCAAUGGCCAAUGACAAAGGCCAGGUCACAUUUCUUUGAAUACCCUCCGCCCGACCGCCACCGCCCGUCUCCUCCCCUCCCCGAACCCCUCGAACUCCCCCUGUGGGAGGGAGCAGCAUGACUCGGGGACGCCCCCUCCCCGGCCCCCAAGCUGCAUGCACGUUUCUUUCGUUCCGUUUCGUUUUUUCGGUUCGUUUCUCUACUUUUUUGUAAAAUCGAAAGACGAGACAAAUUAAGGAACAAUUCUCAAAAAAACAAAAACAGAAAAAAAGACUAGACUAUGUGUGUUAGUUCCACAUACUUUUAGGCCAGCUUGUAUGUUGCAUGUUCUUGUACAGUUUGCUCGUACUGAAUAUGAAUACAAACCGAGAAAAGCCAAGCCAUCCCCGCCCCCUAACAGGAGCGGAUCUAAUGGGGGGGGAGGGUGACAAUUCCACCCAGGCCUCGCCUACCACUCUGGGUCUAAAUAUCCGUAUUAGGAAGUCUCCCAAAAAAAAAAAAAGAAAUUGUCUGAAUUAUUUUUCUGUUUGAACCCUUUGAACAACAGUGCUGUUCUGUAGUACUGAGCAUACUCGAACCCCUGGCGUAUCCGAGGAUGUAGGUGUCUAAACUGUAGUUUAUGACGGUCGGGGCUAGAGACAGAGAUAGAGAAUGUGUGUAUAACAGCUAAAUGUAUAUGAAGUAUCAUUAUGAGUUUGAUAUAAAUUAUAAAGAUAUAGAUAUAUGAAUAUAAAAAAGAGUGUAUCUGACUGUACACCCGUCACCAAUACACGCAGACAUGCACACUUUGUACAUACAAAUUAGGCUUGAACUUAAGUUAUGAACGAACAAAAGCAUCGCUGACACACAAACAUUCCUGGUCUUGUUGAGGGGAAUACGCGUCCAGUGCUUGAGCUGCUGAGUGGCUACGAGACACAAGUGGGCGCCAAUAGGCCUUUAUUUUGAUUUUGUCCCAGUUGCAGAAAAACAAGCAGAACCAAUUGGAGCAAAGUUUACUUUCUCUUCCUGAAAACCAUGUUUUUUCCCCCCGUUUAUUACUAUUGGUUUGGACUGGACUUCUAAAGCCAACAAGAAACCUGGUUUUGCGGACAUAUUUUGCAGAUGUUUUUUUGUUGAAGCACUUGGCGGUACGGCCGACUGCCCCUUUCCUUUGUCAGUAUUACUCCAGGAAUACUGAUUGUUUACAGCCCAUGGCUCCCCACUCCCAAACCACGAUACUAGACGAAAGAUGAAGUAUUCACUGCAACAGUUCUUGUUUGUAUAACAGAUGUGGCUCUACUGAUGUGUAUGUUUUAUAUUCAAGAGUUCAUUUUUAUUAUUUACAAAUAAAAGACUGUGUGGAAGAA